AUGCUCAAAACAGCAUUCUUGGGCCUCGUGCCGGCCGUUAUGGCCAUCCCGGCCGCCGUUCCCGGUCCUGCCCCUACCGUCUAUCGCCGAGUCGCCGUUCCAGCUGCUGAACCUACGGAAGUUCUGGAUCUUCAACGGCGCGACAUUAUCAACGAUGUAGAGACUUAUGUUGGAGGUCUUGUCAGCGGUGUCGAGACCAAGAUCAAGGGAUUUGUCAAUUCUGGUAUUCUCGACUUCCCAACUGGUUUCCCUACUGGCGACGAGGUGAAGAAGUCCGCUGGCGUCAACGACGAUGAUAUGAAGGCGAUCCCAACCCAGGUGCUGAACAUUCCCCCAUACGGUAACUGGACCAAUAAGGGAUGGAACGUUCGAGUACACGGCAAUGUUUACAAGAUCCCCGAUUUGAGUCAGGAAAAGGUUGACGACCUCGCCGAUGUCUUCCUCAUCGAUACAAGUGUCAAAGACCUUCCAAAGUCUCAGCAAGCUCAGGCCCGAAAUCUGACAAAGUCCAUCUUUGUUGUGCAGCAGGAUGAUGUCCAGGUCAAGAUGAACUUUGUAAACAACGUCGAUGUCUCUCCAGAUGAGAGUGGCGGCGCCAUUGAUGCGAGAGGAGGCUCGCAAAAUAUCACCAUGCCACACAACACAACUCUCGAAGGCGACUUUGAUGCUUUUGUCAUACUCAAGAACACUUCUGGCACCGACAAUGGCUACUUGAUCCCCGGUAACGAGACAUCGCGAAUUCAGACUCUUAACCUUUAUGCUGAGGGCAAGGACAACAACGGCAACGCGACCGCUUACCUCGUCCCACCUAAAGGCAUCACUAUUGUUUCCGACAUCGACGAUAUCCUGCGUGUGACAAAGAUCUACGAACCAAAGGAAGGUCUUCUCAACUCCUUUGCUCGACCCUUCACACCGUGGAUGAACAUGCCCAAGAUCUACGCCAAUUGGUCCUCUUCGGUCAACGACUUGCAUUUCCAUUACCUCACCACCACACCUGAGCAGGCCACUCGCAACUACAUGGACUUUAUCUACAACACCUACCCAUUGGGUUCUUUCGAUACACGUCCGCUCAACUUCUCGGACGUUUCGGCGACACUCUCCAUCCGUCGUUUCCUGCUGGACAAGGUCUUCCAGACCUUUCCCGAGCGUAAAUUCAUCCUCGUCGCCGACACAAGCAACUCAGACGUGAUGAAGGCAUACCCUGCGCUGUACAAAGACUACCCAGGCCAAGUGCAGUGCAUCCUCCUGCGUAACACCAGCUCCACCGACAGCGGUGACAAGUUCCCUUACAACACCAAGGGAUUCAAGGACAUUCCCCAGAAGAACUACAUGUUCUUCAACGUGCCCGACGACCUUACCCAGAUCAAUAUCGCCAACGGAGGGUGCUACAACAGCUCUGUGAAGCAGAAUGUGACUUUUGACUACCAGGGACUUCCCUUUGGUUUGAGCGGCGAUGACGAUAAUGCGGCCGCUGGUGGAGUUAGCCCGAGAAUGGGAAUGGUUGUGACUGGGUUGAUUGCUGCUGGUUUGGCGGUGAUGUUGUAA